ACCUCGAUGUCGUGGGAGGUCGUGGAACGUCCAUCGUCAGAAGAAAUGGCAAAGAUCCAUGAAAGAGGUAUAACUGGAGUGCCAUCCAAAACCACAUAUUUUACAGUAGAUGGACCAAUAAAUGCAUUUUCCUCCUCUAAAGAUGGUUCCCAAAUAGCUGUAGCUGGAAGAAGUGUUUUCAAGGUCAUUACCUUAGAYGAAGACAAGUUUCAAGAGAAAGUCAAUCUUCGAGUUGGAAGAAUUAAUUUAAAUUUUAGUAUAACUGAUGUCCAAUGGCACCCUGUAGAAGAUCAUAUUUUAGCAACAGCAGCUGGAAAUGGUGCAAUUGUAACAUGGAAUCUCAAUAAAAUUACUAAACAAAAACAAGAACUUGUUUUUAAUGAACACAAAAGAACAGUAAACCGCAUCAAGUUCAAUCCAAUGGAGUCCUCUCUUCUCCUGAGUGCAGGUCAAGAUGGAACGAUGAGGUGUUUUGACAUCAGAAAACAAGCAAGCAUCUUUACUUGUCACUAGUUUAACACUUGUCUUAUUUAACUUCUUUAGUUUAGUCCAUUUGAUGGGAAAUUGUUCACUGCUGCAUGUGAAACAGGAUAUGUACAGUUAUGGGAUAUGCGAAGGCCUGACGUUUAUUACCAUCAAUUCAUGGCCCAUAAUGGUCCUAUAUUYACAUUAGACUGGCAUCCUGAAGAACGUAACUGGAUUGCUACUGGKGGAAGAGACAAGUUUAUCAAGGUUUGGGAUGUKCAAACYAAGCAUACACCAGUCAUGAAUAACAAUGGAAUACAGACCAUAACAUCAGUAGCUCGUGUCAAGUGGAGGCCGCAAAGAAAAUAUCAAUUAGCAAGUUGUGCCCUGCUUGUUGAUUUUGACAUUCAUGUUUGGGAUAUUCGUCGUCCAUAUAUACCAUAUGCAACAUUCAGUGAACACAAAGAUACUCCUACAGGUAUAAUGUGGCGGCAAACAAGUCGUGGUCGUGAUCCCAAUGUGUUCCUUUCAUGUUCAAAAGACAGUACUAUAUAUCAACACAUGUUUAGUGACGCGCAUCACCCAGCUGACCACGCCCCACCYGUUGCUAUAGCAAUGAAUAUCAAUGGUGAUUUGAGCUAUGCAAAGUGCGACCAGUUAACAACAAUUGCACCCCCAAGCAACGUCUCAAAAGUGCGAAGUGCUCUUCAUCUGCCASCRUCAAGCAACAGUSUAGCGUUUCAAAAGAGAUUCCAUGAUAUCUCGGACAACUUCACUGCUCGUUCAAGCAGUAGUCUUUUUGUGUUUUCAAAUAACACGCUGUURAAAGACGAUUCCUUCAAAAUUCUAGCGAAAAGCUACAAACUGAGUGGACGGUCCUUCUCUGAAUUGUGCGAACAUAAUAGCAAAGUAGCCAGCGGCCUUUCGUUACACAAACAUGCGCAGACAUGGUCAGUAUUGAAAACUCUCUACAGUGAAAACAUGGAGUCGCUUGUACCCAGUUCUAAGACUACACCUGUUGGAGCAAGUAGUGGCGGUGGACUCGGAACAAAUUUAGGAAAUACUGAGGCCCAGUCAGGAACUACAAAUACAGCCAUUUUGGCGUCAACGGUACAGUCAUCCAAUGUUAGCUCUAAAACUGUAUCCGAUACAAUUACCACACAAUCGAGACAAGAUGUUUCUGCGUUUCAAGAUGAUGAAGAUUCUUCUUCGUCGAGCAGCUUGGAUGAAGUACCAAAACUAAUGAAUAUUGCAAGCGGAGGAAAUCAAGAUUUUCUCUUYGGUGACGAUCCAGAUGAAGGGCAGUUCUUCUUUGAUGAUCAGACAACUCUAGACGACACAGGUCAAGACUGGACUCUACCGAGUGAAGCCUUUCAGCCUCGUCAAAUUUUCAUGGACAGACCUGCUUCACCUCGAAUGGAACAAGAACAAGAGCGCCCUGAAUCGCCUGUCAGCAAUGUGGAAUCUGAUGCCGCAAGUGCUUCCGUUCAGCGGUCUCUCAUAGAGCCCAAUGUUGCAGAGAGUCCAGUCUCCGAAGACUCGUCCCAGGCCCUGUUUCUUCCAAAAUGGGACUUUGCACCAAUAGUGAUGGACGUUCUKAAUUAUUUCGCUGAAGAGGGAGAUGUCCAAAUGUGUGCUUCCCUAUUAAUUGUUCUUGGAGAUAGAAUAAGAUUCGAGGUUAAUGAGGAGACUCAGGAACACUGGCUUAUGUCUUAUAUCGAUCUCUUAGGACGUCAGGAAAUGUACUCAGUGGCUAAUGAAAUUGUUAAAUUGUCCAGUUUACCGGUCGUUAACACGCAGAACCAGUCGUCAACCACAGUCUACACSUCGUGUAAAAGAUGCAACAAGCCKUUGGUUAAAUCAGGAUGGUUCUGUAAACGAUGCCAGAGUUUAGUGGAGCCCUGCUCCUUAUGCCAUUUGACGGUAAAGGGUUCGUACGUGUGGUGUCAGGGCUGUGGACACGGUGGACAUCUCACCCACAUUCAAGAAUGGUUCUCCACCAACAUAUGGUGUCCCGCUGGAUGCGGCCAUAUCUGUGAAUUCACGUGACAGAAGUAGCCAAAGAGAAUCAACGAAGUCGUCCUUUACAGAUGGAGAAUAUCUGGUGUCAGCGCUGUAGGCUCUUUGGGCAUCUCAUGCACAUCAAAGAAUAGUACUGCGCUAAAUAUCUGGUGUUGUUCUGGAUCGGCCAUUUUUGUGAAUUCCUGUGACAGGCUUGUCGAAGACCGACAUAGCCAAAGCCGAGAAUCAAAGAAAUUGUCCUUAACAGAUGAAGAAUGUGUGGUGUCAGCGCUGUAGACUCUGUUGGCAUCGCUCGCACAUCAAAGGAUGGUACUGCGCCAAAUAAUUGAUGUCCUUCUGGAUAUCUGUCAAUUUCCCAUGACAGGCUUUUCAGAGGCAGCAAAGCCAAAGACAUAGCCGAAUCGGCCUUCAUAGAUAAAGGAGGCGGUCUUCGUAAAUGCCCUUUAUGUCAAUCCCUAACUAAUACAUUUACACGAGGACGUUGAAGUUUGCGAUCAUCUCGGUACUUGWUAGUUCUUUCUUUUAAUAAGAAGGAUCGUCCCAGAGUUCGUAUGUAAAUGGUUGACCAAAAUGAUCCCAACAUAAGUUUAACUUGAACGGUUCCAAAGGGAACUGGCUAUGUACACGUAGUGUCUGGCUCACUACACCCAGUUCGCGGCUCUCCAACCAACAUUUGUAGGAUAGCGUGAUUGACAAACAAUUGCCUCCCUUCACUAUGACGUCACAGCAUGGGGGACAGAAUCGCUCAUAACUAUAACUGUCAGUACACGAUAUUCUCUUCUAGUUAUGAACUUCUAGUUUUCAAAUAUAUAAAGUACCAAUGUUUGUCUGGUACUAUUUAUAGCAAUGUCAUUUAUUCUCGUCUGCUCACUAAAUGCCUUUGAACUAAGUUUUUCUUUCUUGUCACCAUUGGCUUUAAAGAAUUAAACUUUUAUUAUGUGAUAUCAUAGUGGAAAGGGGCAAUUGCAUUUAAUAUAUUAAUAAGACACGUGGGAACAGCAUUCUGGUAAUGCUUUAGCUGUCUAUAUGACACUAUCGUGCAAAUGUUCUUUUCAAACUAGUUAAUAUAUAUAGACUUCUCGCUGCGCAUUUCCGGUGCUCGGAGACGAGUAGUUCAAAGUAGAACGGCUAUUAAGCUCUUUUAUUUUCAAUUUACAAAGCCAUCCUCGGAAAUCCAUAGGAUAACUAGGGCAAAAAUAAAACGAAUGAAAUUGCAAGGAUAUAUAUAUAAAUUGUGAAAAUCAAUUGUGUGAAAAAAAGAAUAGGCAAGUGGCAAGCAAAAAGAAAGACUAUUUCCAGAUAAUAACAGAGAUAUUAAAAAGACUUUUAUGUAAAUAGUAUUAAAAAUUGAAUUAAAAUAAUAACAGAUCAAUAGUU